GGGUGCGGUGCCUUCUUGUACUCGCCCUCUCCCUUCGCUGAAGCAAUCUGUUCAGCAUCCGUUGAUCCGGUUCUAAAACCCUCACUUCAUCUCUCUAUUCCCCUUACGUCUACGGAACGAAAUCGAUUCCCCGCAGUCCACCCAAUUCUACCUCUCCUGCUUUUUUUUUAAUCCCAAUUGAAGCUUCUUCCGCACUUGUCCGGAAUCAAAAUCAAUCUCCAUUCCUUCAGCAACCCCAAAGAUCACGCCUUUAAAUGGCUUGUCAAAUGCCGAUAUCGCAAACCCAAUCCUUUUCAAACACUCGAACCCCGUCGCUCUCUCUCCUCUUCAAGACUCCUGCUGUUCAAGUGUUGGUUCCGCGAUCUAGGCUGUCCACGGGGCACGGUGCUCGUCGGAGGAUGAACGGCGCCAGGCUGAGGAACGCUGGAGUUGUGAAGGCGACGGCAACGGAGAUGCCGAGCAAACGGCGUUCUGGGGAUGAGGUGAAGGGGUUUGUGGAUGAGAUGAGAGCUGUGGCGAUGAAGCUGCACACUAGGGACCAGGCUAAGGAGGGGGAGAAGGAGCCGGAGGGGAAGCCAGUGGCGAAAUGGGAGCCGACAGUGGAAGGGUAUCUUCGUUUCUUGGUGGACAGCAAGGUAGUGUAUGAUACUCUGGAGUCCAUCGUUUCUGAGGCUGCUUGUCCUUGGUAUGCUGAGUUCAGGAGCACAGGUCUAGAAAGAUCAGAAAAGUUAACCAAGGAUUUAGAGUGGUUCAAGGAGCAAGGGCAUGCAAUUCCAGAUCCUUCAACUCCUGGACUGACUUAUUCUCAGUUAUUGAAAGAGCUAUCUGUAAAGGAUCCUCAGGCAUUCAUUUGUCAUUUUUACAACAUCUAUUUUGCUCAUACUGCUGGUGGUCGUAUGAUUGGUAAAAAGGUGGCUGAGAAGAUACUGGAUGGCAAAGAACUUGAAUUUUACAAGUGGGAAGGAGAUCUUCGCCAGCUAUUACAGAAUGUAAGGGAGAAACUCAAUGAAGUAGCUAAUGAUUGGUCUAGAGAAGAGAAGAACCAUUGUCUUGAGGAGACCGAAAAAUCUUUCAAAUUUUCGGGAGAUAUUCUUCGCUUGAUAUUAUCAUAAUAUCUUUUUUAUUUGUCGUUUACCAAUAUGUAAUAUGUUUGCACAUCUUAUUUCUGUUAGGAAUGUUCAUGUCCAAAAGCUCGUUACAACUUCAGAAUGCAAUCCUCCAAAAAGAUGUUAAUGAGUUGCAGGGCUUUUGAGAUUGCUCUGUAAUGUUUUAGAAGAAUUAAUAUGCCUUUUAAUUGUUAAGUAAAUAAUAUUUAAUGAGUAAUGGUAAGCUAUUAUUUUGGAAAA